AUGUCUCCCCGCAACGCCAACGGCCUGUACUUGAUCAUGGGAGGCCACAGCCACACCCCGCUGGGUGACUUUGCCGGUGCGGUGGGCAAGUACCCGACCAUUGUUGAGAACUCGGAGGGCGAGGAGGUGGUUAUCGUGCAGGCGUAUCGGUGGGGCGAGUACCUUGGUUACAUUGACGACGAGGAUCUGCAAAGUCAGAUUGACGGGUGGAGGAAGCCUUUUGAAGAGUUUGCCGCCCAGGUUGUGGGAGAGAGCAAGGUGGUGUUGGACCAGUCCUUGUGCCUGCAGCAAGAGUGCCUGUUGGGCAACUUCAUGGCCGAUGCCAUGCUCCAGUACCGUGUCAACAACACCACCCCUGAGACGGCCCCGGCCUUUGCCCUCAUCAACGCUGGCGGUGUUCGCGCCACCAUUGACGAAGGCCCCAUCACCCGGGGAGAGGUCCUCACCUCCUUCCCCUUUGGCAACUCCAUUUUUGAGAUUUCCAUGUCGGGUGAGCGCCUCUGGUCGGCUCUUGAGGGCAUCAUGUCCAAGGUCAACCAGGUCAACGGCUGUCCCGUCACCUCCCUGUUGCAGGUCAGCCGCGGAAUCGUCAUCGAGUACAACCCUGACGCCUCGGCUACCACCAAACUCGUUGCUGUCACGAUUGGCAGCAAGCCCCUGGACAAGGCGGCCGAGUACCGCAUUGUGACUCUGGAUUUCCUGGCUGGAGGUGGUGACAACUUCUUUGACCCCCCCUUCAAGAACCCGGUCGUCCUCGACACCCAAGAUACAGUCUUGGUUGACUACAUUGGGUACACUACACCGGUGGAUAUCAAGUUCGAAGGCAGAAUUAAGCCUAUCAGCAGGUGCAGACAAAAGUUUCUGGCCAAAAAGGCUAAGCGGGCGGCUGAUCAGGGGCCAAUGAAGGCGUAA